CCCCGAGAGCAUGCGCCGUCGGCUCGACAGGCCGGCGCUGUGCACCACUACUUUGCUUCCCUCUGUCCUUCGUGCACCGAACCUAAGGCGUUUGGUUCCACUCUCGGACAAUGGCGGCGUCGUUUUUGCGGCUCGGCGUUUGCGAAACUCGACGGAUGCUACUUCUCGAGAAAUUGGGAACUUUGGCAGCUUUCACCACCAAAGCACCCAGGCCACAGAAGAAGAAAAUCAAGGGAGCCGGGCCCCAAGAGCUUACCCAUGGAGUUUCAGUUCAAGCCACAGACAUGACUACCAGAGAACGAGCAAACCUCCUUUCCAGGAAAACCCUGCUGAAUUUUCCCAGAAAAACUUCUGGCCUGAAGCAGUUGCCACUCACCAAGAGCAGGCAGAAGAAGGUGGUUUUCUCUGAUGCUGCUGAAGGCAAGGAACAGACAGUGACAGCCUGUCAGUCUGGUGCUACAGAGGUGCCAGUGGAUGAUAGAGCUGCAGCUGGUGAAGAAUCUGACUCCAGCUCCGAUUCUGAUGACGAAACUAUGACUGGGGAUGCCUUAAAAAGUCCCGUUAAGUUUCUGAGACAUGAUUCCCCAACCAGGAAUAUGGGGUGGAUGAAGGAAAGGAAACAAGAGGAGCCAAGAGCCAGCAAGCCCCAGUCAGAGCCAGGAAUUGCUGUCUCCAGCGGCUCUGUGAGAGAACUGCCCACUCAACCGAGCACUACAGCAGGAGGACAGGAAGCACAAGUUGCCCAUCCCAAAGCAGGAGGCCAAAGGAGACACACUGAGGCUGCAGCGACACCUCCAGAUACCAAAAUCGCCCAUGCGGAAGGCACAUCUGGCAGCUUACAAAGGGCAGGGUUGCCACUGGCACAGAGUGAAACACUGAGAGAGCACCAGAUAGAGGAGGAGGUGAUAGAAGAUUCCUGGGCCUCAUCUUCAGCCAAUGCUACAGAUACGCCAAUGGAAGCAGUCGUGGAGCCUAUUGAGGAAGUGUCGGAUCCUUCUACUUACAAGAACACUCAGCACCACGAUUACACCCCGCUGACCUUUAUAGACCUAGAAAUGGAGAUGGCGAAGUACAGGCUGCCUCAGCCCUCCUCAGGAAGGUUGAGUCCUCGCCAGUGACUCGUCAAACUUACUACAGGCAGCAAGAACAGCGGUCCGAGCUAAACUAAAUAAAGCUGCUCAUUUCACCAAUCUGUGUGCUAACUCCUUAUAACAAAAAUAUUUUAUAAUGCCG